AUGGCUUAGCAAUAGCGGAAUGAAACAAUAGUGCCUAUUUUAGUUACAUAGGAGGAAUAUAAUGAAAUUAUGAAAUAACCAGAUUAUAUACAACAAUAACUCUUAUAGUAAUUGUAACAAAAAAAGUAUGAGUAACAAUAAUAAAUAUAUUAACAUCCCUAUUUACAAUAUCAGAAUUAUUAAAAAUAAUAAGAUAAUAAUAAUCUUGAUGCAUAACCAUAAAUCCCUUCAUAUCCAUUUGAAAAAGCAAAUUAAUAAUAACAAUAAUAUUACUAUACUCCUCAGCAAUAGCUUUUAUAAUAAUAUAAUCAAAAUUUAAAUUAAAAUUUAAUAUAAAAAGAAAUAAUAAUCUUGUAACAUAAAGAAAUAGAAGUUGCUGGUGAACGUGAAGUUUAAUAUUUCAAUCAAAAUCUAGCAAAAUAUUUUUCAAUAGAAAUGACUUUUUCUUUAAUACUAAAUUUUAUUUCAGCAUUAUUUCGCAUGUGGAUUAUUAAUAGAUAUUGGGAAUGGAGUAUUGCAUUAUGGAUUGUCUUAAGUUUAUAUAUUUUACUGAAUUUAUUCAUAUUGACAAAUCCAAAGAUAAUUUUAUAAGUAUAUAUUUCUAAUAAAUCUUAGAAUAAUAAUUAAAAGUUUGUAUAUGUUUUACAUAUCAUUUUAUAUUCUUUGCUUUUAUAAGGAUUACAAAUAGCAGUAUAAGGUUAUGAAUACUUUAUUUGGAACUAUUUCUUUUUCUUUUAUUCUAUGAUAGCUGCUAGUUUUAUUUCUGUUUGUUUAACAAUAAAAUAAAAAGGAAUAAAUUUAACCUUACCUUAAUAUUUACCAGCCAUAAUUGUUCCUGUUUGUUUGAUUUUCCUACUUUAAUUAAUUUGUACAUGGAGCUUUUAUUUGCCACUUUUGUUGUGGGGAAUUGUCGUUGUAUUUAUUGCCCAAGGAUUGGUAUUACUAUUCAAAAGAAUAAAUAAAUUAGGAUAUGUAAUUUUUAUUAUUAAUUUUAGAGCAAACAUCACACUAAUGAUUGUUAUGCCAUGGCAACUCUUUUACAAAUUUUAAUGAUCAGUCCAUUUUAUGAUAAUGAAUGA